GAGGCAGCAUAGCUUUCCCUCACAUGCAUUCCACUUUUGGCAUAACAAACCAAAAUUUUGCUCCACCUACAAGAAAAGAACAAUCCCACUUCCUAUAUUAUUUCACCCACCUUACAUUACAUCUCUUCACUUCCAAAUUAUAAAACACACCAGACUACUUACUACCCACCUAAAGGACAGUUGAGCUCUACACUUUGUCUUUCCUACCCAAAUCAACCCCAUGAAACCCAACCACUUCUAGUUCUUCUUCCUUCUUCAUCUUUUCCACAAAGCUCACAACAACUAAACAACAUGAGGACAGGAGGUUACAGUGUCAAUCAAACCCUAACCACUGAAUCUUUUACCAUUGUCAAACAAGCCUUAAACCUCGCUAGACGGCGAGGCCAUGCACAAGUGACACCUCUCCAUGUAGCCACCGCCAUGCUCGCUUCCUCCACUGGCCUUCUUCGAACAGCUUGUCUUCAAUUCCAUUCUCAUCCUCUCCAAUUCAAAGCCCUAGAGCUUUGCUUCAACGUGGCGUUGAACCGCCUUCCCACCUCCGCUUCAAGCCCUAUUUUAGGCCCUCAGCCUCAUUCCCACCACCACCACCCUUCUCUCUCCAAUGCCUUAGUCGCUGCCUUAAAGCGAGCGCAAGCUCAUCAACGCCGCGGUUCCAUUGAAAACCAACAGCAACAACACAUUUUAGCUUUGAAAGUAGAGCUGGAACAGCUUGUACUCUCCAUCUUAGAUGACCCCAGUGUCAGUAGAGUCAUGAGAGAAGCUGGUUUUUCUAGCACACAAGUGAAAACCAAUGUAGAACAAGCUGUGCCUGUCUCUUUGGAGAUUUGUUCUAAAACUCAAAGUCCUCCUGUUAGUUGUCUGUCUAAGGAAACCACCACCAAACCCUUAUUUCUUACAUCAAACAUGUCCCAAUUUCCAUCCAUGAAUCAGUUUAGAGUAACACUCAACACACCAAAUCAUCAAGCUCGUAGCGAAGACGUGACGAGUGUUUUAGACUCAUUGAUGAACAAGAAAAGGAAAAACACCAUUGUUGUAGGAGAGUGUUUGGACACUGCAGAGGGAGUAAUUAAGGGAGUGAUCGACAAGUUCGAUAGAGGAGAUGUUCCCGUGGAGAUGAGGUACGUGCAGUUUAUAAGCCUUCCUCUCUUCUCUUUGAACAAUAUUCCCAUGGAAGAGGCCGACAAGAAGCUUGGGGAGCUCAGGUGCAUUGUGAAGAGCUAUGUGGGAAGAGGGGUUGUUUUGUAUUUGGGUGAUCUUAAAUGGUUAUCUGAGUUUUGGUCAGGCUAUGGUGGGCAUAGCAAGAACUAUUACUGUCCUGUGGAGCUCAUGAUCAUGGAGCUGAGUAGGUUGUUGUUUGGAGUUGGGGAAAGUGGUGGAAAGUUGUGGGUUUUGGGAAUUGCAAGUUUUCAGACUUACAUGAGAUGUAAGACUGGCCAGCCUUCUUUGGAGACUCUUUGGCAACUUCACCCUCUCACUACUCCUGUUGGCUGCUUGGGACUCAGUCUCAACCUUGAGAGUGAUCUGAAGGGUCAGUUCCAAAGCAAGGAAUCAGGAGAUGAGUCAAUCUGGUCACAAAUUAAAAUGGGAGUUGAGAAGAAUCUCACUUGCUGCACAGAUUGCUUGGCUAAUUUCAAUAGAGAAGCUCAAAACAUAGCAAGCAACAAUUGUUACAAUGAGUCUACCACCACUUCUACUUGCUCAAGCUUGCCUUCAUGGCUCCAACAGUACAAGGAUGAGAACAGAAUAAAAACUAUCAAUGAUCAGGAAUUCAACAAACUCGGAGAACUCUGCAAGAAAUGGAACUCAAUUUGUAGUUCAGUCCACAAACAGCCCCAUUUUCUUGAGAAAGCCCUUAAUAUUUCUUCAUCGUCUCCAUCUUCCUCUACUUCAAUCUCUUCAUACGACCAGAGCAGCCAUAACUUGCAUCAGACCCUUUCAAAUUGGCCCAUGAUUUUUGAACCCAAAAGAUCACCCAAAGAACACCAAUUCUUAAUUUCCGAAAAUGGUGACAAAAAAUCCAAUUUGGGAAGCUACAUUCCAGAGAGAAAAAACCCAAAACCAGACCUCUUAUCGAAUCCAAAUUCUAGUCCUAACUCGGCGUCUUCAAGUGAAGCAAAUGAGGAUCUUGAGUGCUUGAACAUGUUCAAGGAACUUAAUUCCGAGAACCUGAAGUCUUUGUGCAAUGCAUUGGAGAAAAAGGUUCCUUGGCAGAAAGACAUAAUUUCAGAUAUCGCGAAAACAGUCCUUGAAUGCAGGUCUGGAAUGGUUGAAAGAAAAUGCACGUUGAAACACAAAGAAGACAAAAAAGAAGAAACUUGGUUUUUCUUUUUAGGUAUCGAUUUUGAGGGCAAAGACAAAAUUUCAAAGGAGCUAGCAAGGCUUCUUUUUGGUUCCCAUGACAACUUUGUCACGAUUGGACUUAGUAAAUUUUCAUCGACAAGAGCUGAUUCGAGUGAGGAAUGCAGUAACAAAAGAGCAAGAGAUGAGUCGGGAUGCACUUAUCUUGGAAGGUUUGCAGAGGCAAUUCAAGAUAAUCCAAGUCGCGUGUUUUUAAUGGAAGAUAUUGAGCAAGUCGAUUAUUUUUCUCAAAAGGGUAUUAAGAGAGCAAUUGAAAGUGGAAGAAUUGAAGUUGCUGGUGGUGACUUGGUCCCUCUCAAGGAUGCCAUUGUGAUUUUCAGUGGCGAAAGCUUGAGCUCAAUGUCUAGAGCUUGUUCUCCUCCCAUUAAGCGAAAUUUCAGUGAGGGAAAAGAAAAAGAUGAUGAAGAAGAUAAUGACGAUGAAGAGGAGAAAAGAUUGUGUGACUCACUGGAUUUGAAUAUUGCCAGUGAAGAUGGAAAUUCAGUUGCUGACAUUGGUAUCUUGGACUCAGUGGAUAGGCAAAUCUUUUUUAAAAUUCAUGUGCUGUGAAAUGAGUGAGAAUAGUUAAUUCCUUUUUCUUUUUUUUUCCCUUUUUUUUUUUUUUUUUUUCUUUUGGCGCCAUUUUCUGUUGCUUUGGAAAAAUUGGCUGGGGGAAAGAAAGUUUCUAUUAGAUCAACAGUAAGCAGUUUGAUGAAUGCCAUGUAGACCAUGUAAAUUAAUAUAUUAUAUGAUCUUUGUUACUUGUAAUAGCU